UAUAUUUUGUUUGUUAGUGGAAGUGUUAAUGGCGAAGAUAUUGGAAGUUGAGAUAUGGAAACCCCACAAACACAACUUCACCCAUUCCAAUUCAGCUAUUCUUCCAUACUUGUUUUUCCCUUUUCCUCUGCUCCUCUCCAAUCCCUUUAUAUUGCACUUUUCUUCAAGCAAAGCACAUUUUUUGUUUCCAGUGGGCCCCACACUUCAAACAAACACUCCAACAUUAUUUCUUUCUUCAAAAUCAAGAAUCUCUGGUUUCAUUUCUCAAACAUCUCUUUCUUUCUUUCUUUCUUUCUUUUCUUCUUCUUGCUUAUAUAAGCUUCCAAUGGGCAAAAGAUCUUUUAAUGGGCACUUUUAAAAACGUGUAAAGUUGUAAUCUUUAUAAUGGGUUUUAUGGGGAUAGGAUUGUAGUUGAGUUAUUGAUUGUGGGUUUUUUGUUAGAAAGAUGAGUUCUUUGGUUUGGUUUCUGGUGUUUGUGGUCUGUGGUUGUAGCUUUAUUUGUGAUGUGAAGGGUAGUGUGAGUGUUGAGGGCACUGUUGUAAUUGAUGGGGAAAGCCCCAUUGCAGAGACAGAUGAAAAUUUCGUAUGUGCAACGUUGGAUUGGUGGCCGUCUGCAAAGUGUGAUUAUGGAAAUUGUAGCUGGGGCAAUGCUUCUCUCUUCAAUUUGGAUCUCAAGAACGUCGUGUUCUUGAAUGCGGUCAAAGCCUUUUCGCCGUUGAAGAUCAGAUUAGGCGGCACUUUACAAGACAAAGUCAUCUACCAAACCGAAGAUAAUAAACAGCAACCAUGCACUCCGUUCGUCCAAAACUCGUCUCGACUAUUCGGUUUCACCGAAGCUUGCCUCCCGUUGGCUAGAUGGGAUGAACUAAAUUCCUUCUUCAAUCAAUCCGGGGCUCUCGUUAUUUUCGGACUGAAUGCUCUUCACGGAAAAUCGAUACAAGCCAACAACGUAGCAACGGGCCCUUGGGAUUCCACAAAUGCCGCUUCUCUCAUUCGUUACACCAUCAAAAAGGGUUACAACAUCUACGGUUGGGAACUCGGAAAUGAACUAAGCGGAAACGGAGUAGGCGUACGAAUCGAUGUGGAUCCGUACGCGUCAGAUACUAUCACUCUGCACGGUUUAAUACAAGAUAUAUACAGCAGAAAUAAUAUUAUUACGAAACCUCAGAUUAUUGCACCCGGUGGAUUCUUCGAUUAUAAUUGGUUCCAACAAUUCCUAUCCAAAACCGUCGGAUCGUUAGAUUCUAUCACCCACCAUAUAUAUAGUCUCGGCGCAGGAAGUCAGGGUAACUUGGUAGAAAAGAUUCUAAAUUCAACGGUUCUUGAUAAUGGAGCCGGUGUGUUUAGGGAUCUUAACAACAUUGUCAAGAAAUCGCAAAACCCGGCUUCCGCAUGGGUCGGUGAAGCCGGUGGAGCUUACAAUAGUGGUCGGGAUGGAGUUACAAAUACAUUUGUUUUUAGUUUUUGGUACUUGGAUCAAUUAGGUGCAUCGUCGACUUACGACACGAAGACUUAUUGCAGGCAGACGUUAAUCGGUGGUAACUAUGGUUUGCUUAACACAACCACGUUCGUUCCAAACCCAGAUUACUACAGUGCUCUUCUUUGGCACCGUUUAAUGGGCAAAAGCGUCCUUUCGACCAGCUUUACGGGCAGUAGAAAAAUUCGUGCCUAUGCUCAUUGUGCAAAAAAAUCUCAAGGCAUUACAUUAUUGCUUAUAAACAUAGACGGCAACACAACCGUAAAUGCGAAAGUCGACAUACACGGUAGAGUGGUGCGCAUGCAAAACCAUAGUAAUAUUCAUCCCCACCAUCACAUGCCACGUCAUCAUCACCGUAGAUCGAAAGGGACUCCAUUACAUCACAAUAAACAAGUGUCUGCAAAUAAUGUGAGAGAAGAGUAUCACUUGACUCCUUUGGGCGGAGAUAUUCACAGUCAAACGGUUUUGCUGAACGGGAAAAAACUGACCGUUGAUUCUUCGGGAGUUAUACCUGCCCUUGAUCCUGUUACGGUGGAUUCAUUGGAGCCGUUAAUCGUCGCGCCUUACUCGAUCGUAUUUGUCCACAUGCCAAACUUUGAUGUUUCAGCAUGCAUGUAGAUAAUUAAUUUAUCAAAAUAAAGAUGAUUUUUAGUUGUUUAAUUAAUAUAUAUAUUUUUCGACAUUGAAGGGAUUAUACGACCCCUUUCGUGUUGAAAUUUGAAGAUAAACGGUUCAAUAGA